AUGACCUGUCAGCCUGACCCAAUCUUACAUGUCGUCGAUACUGUCAAUAUAGCUAACAGUGAACCAGGGCAUCAGGGUAGUUUUCGGAUGACCUGUCAUCCUGACCCAAUCGUCCAUGUUGUCGAUACUGUCAAGACCAUAUCAACUACUGGAAACAGUUUUAACAUCACAGAGACCAUAUCAACUACUGGUAACAGUUUUAACAUCACGGAGACCAUAUCAACUACUGGUAACAGUUUUAACAUCACAGAGACCAUAUCAACUACUGGUAACAGUUUUAACAUCACGGAGACCAUAUCAACUACUGGUAACAGUUUUAACAUCACAGAGACCAUAUCAACUACUGUAACAGUUUUAACAUCACAGAGACCAAAUCAACUACUGGUAACAGUUUUAACAUCACAGAGACCAUAUCAACUACUGGUAACAGUUUUAACAUCACAGAGACCAUAUCAACUACUGGUAACAGUUUUAACAUCACAGAGACCAUAUCAACUACUGGUAACAGUUUUAACAUCUGACACAGAGACCAUAUCAACUACUGGUAACAGUUUUAACAUCACGGAGACCAUAUCAACUACUGGUAACAGUUUAAACAUCACAGAGACCAUAUCAACUACUGGUAACAGUUUUAACAUCACAGAGACCAUAUCAACUACUGGUAACAGUUUUAACAUCUGA